AUGAGACAAAUCUGGGCUCAUUACCUAGGUACUGAUGAGGAAAUGGGACAUGAGUCAAAGUGCUGUAACACAUGUAGCCAAGGAAAACAGACUCAAGCAUGGAUGGGCCAAUCAGAGUCAGAAAGAACAGAAGCACCAUUAGAGCUGGUACACAUAGACCUGAUGACAGAUUUCAAAGGUCAUGCCAACUACCACUAUGCACUAGUUGCUGUGGAUGACUUCUCCUCUCUGAUCUACAUGGAACCACUCUGCACCAAGAGUGCUGCACUCAUGGCACUGAGGAGGUGGAUAGCCAGGAUGGAAUGGGCAAUGGACAGGAAACUCAAAAUGCUCUGCAGCAACAAUGGAGGAGAAUGGUGCAGCAUAGCAGCCAAAGACUGGCAAACUCAAGAGGGUUUCAAGUGGCAAAAGAGCAUCCCAGGGAUCAGCAUCCAAAAUGGAUGGGCAGAGAGAGUGAUCAGAUUGGUCCAAGAAAAGAUGCACUUGAUGCUCAUUGGUCAAGCUUGCCCCAGAGAGUUGUGGCUGUAUGCAAUCACAGCAGCAGCACACAUGAUGAACCUCACCCCGUCAGCCACCAAGACCAUUCCCCAUGAGGCCUUUUACAGAACCACUGCACACAAACUGGCCCAACAGCUGCGAGUUUUUGGGUGCCUGGCAUGGGUCCAUGUUCAACAGAAGGACCAGCAAGGCAAGUAUGGGGCUAGAGCAAAGCCAGCCAUCAUGAUUGGGUAUGACAACAAGCACAAAGCAUGGAAGUUCUGCAACCUGGACCAGCCCACAUCAAUUCAAUGGAGCAACUCAGCAACAUUCCAUGAAGACAAAGGAUGGAUGGAGGAGGAGACCAGAUUGGAGGCCAUGGUGGAGGACCUCCUGCCAGCCAUAGACAGCACAGUAGGCACUGCCAACACAGUGGUGCUGAACCUGGACCCAACACUUGGAGAGGCAAUGAAUGAGCUGGAAGGACUCGAGGCAAUGGGGACUUGGGAGGUGGUGAAUCACCCACCAGGAGUACCACUCAUGGACUCUAAGGUUGUGCUCUGGCUAAAGCUUGAUGCUGAUGGUGUGCCCAUAAAGCACAAGGCACGACUGGUUGCAAGGGGUUUCAUACAGAGAGAGGGAAUCAACUACCAGGAAACCUUCUCCCCAGUAGCACCCCUCAGAGCAAUCAGAGCUAUCCUAGUGCUAGCAGUACAGAAUGACUGGGAGGUGCAUGCACUGGAUAUCACAAUGGCCUACUUAAACUCCAGGUUAAAAGAAGUGAUCUAUAUGAAACCACUGGAGGGAUCAGGAGUAGCACCUGGACAGGUAUACAAAGUGGUCAAGGGCCUGUACAGCCUAAAGCAGUCCAGUCAAGAAUGGAACCAGGAAUUUGACAGGGUUUUGCGACACAUGGGAUUCUUCCAGGUAGAGUGCACCCCCUGCAUCUACAUUAAAGGACAGGGUGAAGAUAUGGCUAUUACAGUGCUAAAGGUCAAGAAGCAGAUUGGCCAGAAAUGGAAGAUGGAAGAUAGUGGCAAGGUCUCUCACUUCUUAGGCAUCAAAAUUAGUCAAGACUGUGCAAAGCACACCAUGACAAUCAGUCAGUCAGGGUACAUCGAUCAAGUGCUGGCAAAGCACCUGGACAAAUGUACAAAGCCAACCAUGGUUCCAAUGCAGAGUAUACUGGAGGGAACCCUUGUUGCAAGCACAGCACAACAAAAGGAGUAUCCAGUGAUUGUUGGCAAGCUACUCUGGGUUGCCAACAGCACCCAGCCUGAUCUUAGUCUCACUGUAGGAGUUCUCACCAGACACAUGCAAGAACCAUCACAGGAACAUUAUCAGGCAGCCCAAUGGGUCUUAUGCUACCUCGAAAGCACAAAGGAGGUGGGAUUGGUCUAUAGAGCAAGUGAACUGCAAGAGCCACUGGUUGCACACAGUGAUGCAAACUGGGCAAGCGAUGCCACUGUACAGAGAAAGAGGACCCCGACAGUCUACUCAGAUAACACUGGUUGCAUACAGGUGAGUAAGGACCCAGCACAGCACUGGAAGCUCAAACACAUUGACACCAAGUAUCACUUUGUUCACAACAAUGUCCAAGAAGGAAAGGUGCAGAUUAAGUAUGUGGACAUGACACAAAACUUAGCAGACAUACUCACCAAGCCCAUUGGGAGGCAAGCGAUGCAACAAGCAUGA